GUUUCAGCUACAUUGUUGCCACAUCACUGCCGGGUUAAAGGGUUGCGAGCUGAAGUUUCCCCUUUUGAAGACAUUGUGCCCAGGAAAUUCAUUUUACGGGAUGUAAUUUAAUCCAGUAUUGGCAUGGACAAUCUCUUUCAGUCCGUUCCGUUACUCGGCGGCGGCCGCUUUGUUGAGACGCGAGGGGCGGUGCCUCUGCUCUGAUAGUCAAUUGCUCUGCCUCCAUCUCUGCCAGGAGCGGUGAAGACGAGGAGUAUGACAGUGUGAUGAUUUGUUCUCCGUCGGGUUGUGACAUGGCCGAAGUUACGGCGGCAAGAGAAGACCUGUUCUCACAACUUCUCCAGUGUCUCUACGGGCAAGAGGAUUCCCCCGAAUAACGCGGACCACAGCGCAUUUGGCGGCCCCGUUUUAUUUUUCCCUUCGUUGAUUGGAAUGGCAUGAGCUGAUCUGAAUCCUGAAUAUUUCCAACAUUCAGAUACCUGGAGGGUUGGAGAGAAAACCGAUAUGUGAAAAUGCGCAAAGCACAGCUUUUCGAUUUGCCGGAAUUAGAUUUUAUUUAUUAGGAAUCGCUUGACUGAGAAUAUAAAUAUAUAUUAGGAAGUUAUAAAAGGAGCUGGUUUAUAAUUAAUAUUUUAUUGUAGAGUAUUUAUGUUUAAUGGAAAUAUUUCAAAGCCGUGAUGUUUAUAUGGAUGUGAGAGGGCGCCUUCAUAUACCCGGAGAUGGUUCCAGAUAGCGCCCACACUGCGAUUUAUCUGAACUGGUGCCAGGAGAAAAACCAUUUAUCAAAUUGAACUGCAAAGAAAAACUAAAAAAGCGGUAUUUGUACGUUGAUUUCCUCCUGACAUUAUUUGAGACUUCUAAAGGAUAACUUUAUUGUUAAUAGAAACUAGUUAACUUCGUAACUAUUAUUGAGAAACAUGGACAAAUGGUGAAACCUUGCUGUGGAGACUAAGGUUGUGACUUUUCAAUUUAAAUUUUAACCUCGUUGUCUAGUUGACUGUGUAAUCAACUCUACUUUGGGCACCAGAAUGAAGGAAGUUUGCAGGAUUUGUGCCCGUGAGCUGUAUGGUAACCAGCGACGAUGGAUCUUUCACACGGCUUCCAAGCUAAACCUACAGGUCAUUCUAUCCCAUGUACUGGGCAAAGAGAUAUCCCGAGACGGGAAGCCAGAGUUUGCCUGCAGCAAGUGUGCUUUCAUGUUGGACCGAAUCUACAGAUUUGAUACAGUCAUUGCAAGGAUUGAGGCACUCUCCAUUGAGCGUCUGCAGAAGUUGCUGGUAGAGAAAGACCGGAUCAAACACUGCAUUGCCAGCCUUUAUCGUAAAACCAAUGAAGAACCAAGUAUCGACGCCAAGGGAGAGGACAUUGCAGCAGACAUUCCAAACCUACCUGAUGUCCGAUACCAUGCUUUACUGCAGGAUGAUUUCGUCUACUCUGGGUAUGAGUCAUGGACAGAACAUGGGGAGGAAGCUGUAGAUACUCACAGCUGCCAGACUUCAGAAAGCACAACCUUCAAAUCCCGGAAGUGUCGUAGCUGCUCAGCCUUGCGUGUGACCGAUGCAGACUAUGAGGCAGUUUGUAGGGUCCCUCGGAAGCUGGCAAAGACUGGUGAUCUCUCUGCCAAGUGUGGAAGUGUUACAGUAGGCAGUAUAACUGCUGAGGAGGGACUCUCAAUGCCAGUCAUUCAUGAAACUAUGUCUAUGGGACCAAGUGAAUCUAGGACUUCCACCUAUGCUGACUCUCUGGACAAAAUAUCACCAGCUUCUUCUGUGGAAUCUCUUGGAACAGCAGUAGAAUCCUGUCCUGCACCCAGUAGUGAUGUGACACAAGGAGAAAAAAGUGUGAAAGAUGACAAAAGUCCUAAAUCAGACUUUUCUGAUGGUCCAGCACCAAGUCCUGCUAUGCACCCCCAUAAACUGGACUUGGUACUAAGUUUAGUGAAUAAUGUCGAAUACAGACCAGUGCAAAGUCCGAAAGGCAGCAAGUUACCAAUUCAUGUUAGGGCAACACCAUUGGGCUCUCAAUCAAGUGGUAGUUUGUGCGAAGGGAUUUUCAGAUCUCACCUGCAAAGCGGUAGCUAUGAAUUAAUCAGUAAAUACUUGGAGCCUCCUAGAAUGAAUUUGAGCUUUGAUGAUAUGACAGAUCUUGAGGACCUCCUGCAGGACGUGCUUGAUGAAUAUAUUCCCAUUCGCACACAGAAUCUAAUUGAGGAGCAGCAGCAGCAGUUGAACCAGUAUGAGUCAGCAGCUGGUCAGUGUGUCGCCGAAUUACAGAAAGCUCAGGUCCAAAUAUGUGGAUUGCAGGACAGAAUUCAAGAGUCGGAAUCUGCUAAUAAGAUGCUGCAGGCGAAUCUAAAUGAAAUGGAAAGUGAAUUGAAGGCAAUGCGUUAUGCAGCACAGAAGCAAGAACAUGCUCAGCUGGGGCUGAACAAGGCUUUGAAAAACAAAGACAAGGAGAUCGAAGAACUUUAUCGUGCAAUUGAUGGCCAGAAUGAGACACAGGCCAAGCUGAGGGAGAUGCUUCACAGAAGCCAACUUGAAAAUCUGAAGCGUUGCUCAUCCUGUCAGAGCAAGGAUGGACAGUUGACAUCAUCACACACCCAGCAGGCUGAAUUUCUGGAAAUGCAAAGUACUUCCUUUUCCAAUCAGCUGGAACUACAGCGAAACGCAAGGCUGAUUCGUCAGAAGGAGUAUGAAUUGGCUGACAUCAAGUGGAAGAAAGAACUGAUGGAAACUGAAGUACAGGAACUUUAUCAGCAGAAGGAGGAUGCUGUCAAACACAAUAAAGAGCUGUGCAGCACACUGCAGCAGGUCCGACAGGAGCUGCUAGAGAAGGACCAGGGCUAUCGAGCCUUGGAGGGAGAGCAUCAGCGUGAAAUCCACAUCCAAGAGGAGAACAUCCUCUGCCUGAGGGAGAGGUUGCAUGAUAAAGAGCACUUCCUGCAGCAAUAUAUUGAACUUUUUGAAUGCCAGCAGAAUGAGGAGCAAAGUGGACAAGAGAAAGAUGUACUGGUAGAUAAACUCUGGGAGUGUAUCAAAGAGAGAGAUAAAGCUUCAGAGCGAGCCCUUGAGGAGAAAUUUCGUUCCUUGGAGGAAAAGGAGAGUGAAAUCCAACAACUGAAUCUAACUGUACGUGAAAAAGAAAAGGAUCUAGAGCGAUUCCGUCACAUCUUCUCCAGUAAUGAAGAAACUAUCAAUAGUCUGGAUAGCCUUGUGAAAGAGAAAGACUUGGAGUUGGAGCAACUAGGUACAGCAUUCAAAAGCCUGCAAUGGCAAAAGCAGGAGGUAGAAGAGAAGCUUGGCUUUUCCCUGAAAGAAAAAGAUGCCAUGAACAACCAGCUCCAGAGAGCACUGCAGGAUCACAAUAAGGAGUUAGAGGUCCUGACUGCAACGUUGGUGAACAAGGUUUGCGCUGGACCCAGUGAGGUGAUGGAGCAGCUAAGGCUGCAACUGCAGCUAAAGGAGCAAAUGCUGCAGGAGGUGUUCGCCGACAGGAGCAAGCUGGCCGCUGAUCAUGAGCAAGAAGUAACACAGUUGCUGCAGUCUAUCAGCUCCCGUGAGCAGCAGAUGAAGGGUGCAGCAGAGAGGUUAACUCGUGCUCUUGCAGAGAAAAAGCAUGAACUUCAAGCAUUACGUCAGCACUUGGUGGAGAAGGAUCGGGAAAUAGCAAAUUUAAUCAAGCAGAAUACUUCAGCAACAGAACUGCCAAUGGAAAUAGCCCACCUCAAAGAACAACUUACGGAAAAGAAUCGGUUAAUUGAAGAAUUGGUGCAGGAUGGUCACAGCAAGAAUGAGCUCUCACCCCAGUCUGAGAAGAUGGAAGCUUCUGAAUCCAUUGAUGCCCAACAGAAUACAAAUGAAAGGGAAGAAGGUUUGCAGACAGCCUUGGAUGAAGAUGAAGCAAUGGUUGAAUCAGACCAUGAAGACAGCAUGCGGACUGAGCUAGAUCUAAUGAAAGAGGAACUUCAGCUUGCCUUAAGAAAAGAGAAAGAGAGCAGGUCUGCCCUUUUUGACCAGCAGCGAGAGCUCCAAUGUCAGGCAGUGGAGAUUGAAACACUCUCAAACAAUAUUCGUGACAAGGAAGAACACAUUAUGGAUCUGCAGAGGCAGCUGGAACAGCCAAGGGAAUCUCCAGAGGUGGAAAAGCUUACACAAGAGCUCCUGAAAUUGAAGGAGCAAGUGGCAACCAUGAAAUUAUCUGCACAGAAAAGUGUAGGGAAAAAGUAUGAUCAGCUGAUCUGUGCUCUUGAAGAACAGUUAUUGGAGCAGUCUCACCUAAACGAAGCACUUCGAGCUGAAAGACAACUCUAUAUUAGCCUCGUUAAAUUCCAUAAUCAAACUGACAGCACCAGCAGAGAAAAGAUGCUCCAGACUGAACUCAUGGCUGUACAGGCACUCCGUGGACAUCUGGAAGAGGCCCUCAGGAGAACCCAGGAGCAGAUUGGCAGGCUGGAGAAGGAGCCUGAGAUCUCAGCAGAUUCUGGAGAGUACCAUUGUGAGAGAGCUGAGGAUAAUGAGGGCACUCAGUUUAAAGAUUCAUUGAAUGAGCAUCCAACAAAUGUGGAGCACAACCAGCAGUCUUUACAGAAAGGCUCAAAUGAUUCUGGAUUUAAAAGUUGUAUUGAAGAAACUGACUCCAGCAUCUUGUUUCACAAUUCAAUGGCCACGAGAACAGAGGCACUGGACAAUUUCCAGCAGAUGAAACUCGAAAUGCAGAGUCCGAGUGAGGAAAAUAAACUGAUGGAAAACAAACCGAUGGAGCUGAGGACACAGACUGAGAAAUCAGUACCUCAAAUGGACCCAUUACAAAAUCAGACUUUGGAGAAUGCUGAGCAGAAGAGAAUUGUGGAAGCGGAUCUGACAGGGCCAGGGUGGAGCACAGAAGCAAAGAAGGUCAGCCUUGAUGUUUGGGACCUCAGGGAGGAGAUUAUAAAGUUAACUGUGAAAUUACAGAACUCAGAAACCAUCAUCAGCCUCCUGAAGGAACAGCUGGAGCUCAACUCUUCCCAGACCGGAGAAAAACGUUUCAAUCCAGAGCUCAUUGUAAAUAUGGCCAAAGAAAUUGAGCGACUAAAAUCAGAGCUUAGCCAUUCUCGGGUGCAAUGCUCAAAAGCAGACAUGCAACAAUGUGACAGAAGGACUAAGCAGGCCAGACCCUAUUCACUGGACCUUGGAAUUCUCUUAUCACAGAGUAAUAAAGAGGCCCCAUAUUUGACUGAUGCUGUUCAGCAGGUUGGAAGUAUCAGCCCAUGGCAUCAUGGGCAAUUUGGACAACAAUCCAAACAGUUUCAGAGCGAGCUAGCUGAGUACAGACAACAGAAUAAGGAAUUACAGGAGAAGCUUGUAGUGACCGAGGCUACUGUAAAGGCCCAGGACAACCAGUUGCAGCAGUACAAAGACCUACUCACGGAAUCAUCAGUGGAGCAGGACAAUAAACAGGUGCAAGUGGACUUGCAAGACCUUGGUUACGAAACUUGUGGAAGAAGUGAAAAUGAAGCUGAAAGAGAAGAGGCCAGUAGCCCAGAGUAUGGUGAAGUUGAUUUACAAGAACACUUAUACCCAUCCUCCAUGAAGAAAAUGACCCAGCGACACUUUACCCAAGGGAAACCACACUUCUCAGCCUCCCAUCCUGUCUUUUCACUUCCACUUUCAAUCAAGUCUUGCCUGAGGAGGGAGCUUACUUUUGAAAAUGACGGGAAACCUGAUGAAAUUGCCACCCUCCAUCAACAUAUCAAUGACCUCAAAGCCCAACUGAUUAAAUCUGACAAGGUCAUCCGCAGCCUGCAGUCUCGGAUCCGCUCCUUCUCGAUGACUAGUGAUUAUGCCUCCAGUCUGGAGAAAGCACAGGCCCAAGGUGAUGUAUUUGAAGCAUUGCAGCUUGAUGAGCUGGAAGAUGAUGAAGAUACUUGGCAGUCUGAUGGAGGUGACCAGUACCCACCAAUGACACAGUCCAACAUGGAAAUAAAGAAGCUCAUUCACAGGGUUACCACUCUAGAAUCACAGCUAAAGCAUGCAAAAAUGGAAAAUACAUCAGAUAAAAUUGCUUCCUGGUCAGGGAAAUACAACUGUUUGAUCCAGAUCCAAGCUCGAGAGCUCUCCCACCUCCGUCAGAAGAUGCGUGAAGGCAGAGGUGUCUGCCAUAUUCUGAAACAACACCUAGGCGAUACCACCAAGUCCUUUGAGGAGUUGCUAAGAGCAAAUGAUAUUGAUUACUAUAUGGGACAGAGCUUCCGAGAUCAGUUAGCACAAGGAAGCCAACUGGCAGAGAGGAUCACUCAUAAGCUGGCUGGUCGAGUUCCUUUGGAUAGCAAAAGUGACCAGGAGCUAUUUAUUGCCAGAUUGAAUAAAGAGCUCGAGCAGAAAAAUGAGCUCAUUGAAUCCCUGAGCUGCAAACUGCAGAACCGGGCAGACACUCCAUCCAAUAGCCAUAUUCCCUCAGACUCUGAACAGUCUGACAGAGCAUCAUUUACAUCGGAUGGGCAAGAGUCAACCAAUGAUGACCUGGAUACUUAUCGUUACGAAGUUGACUUGAGCAGUGAGUACUCGCAUGAUGAUCAGCAGAGUACAGAGUUGGAAGCACAUGCUGUUGCAGAUGAUCAAAAUCAUAGCGAACACCCAUCCCAACAUUCAUCUCUUGCAUCUGCUUCUUCAUGUGAAAAUCAACCAAAGGACAGUGCCAGCAUCUCACCCUCACAGCAACCCUGUGACACUGUUAAAUCACAAAAAGGUUUGUAUUCCAGCAGUGUGCCAUCAAGUCUUAAUGCCUGUCAGGCUUCAUAUUGUGCUGACUUCCCUUCUCAGUUUGGAAGCAUGCCCUUUGGGCCAGCUUACCUGACACCAUCAACAUUUUCUCUGGCCGAGGUCCAACAAGAACUUCACAUGUUACAAAGACAGCUGGGAGAAAACAUGACCUUUUCUGGAUCUAGCCCUGAUAUGUCUUCACGUGCACAACAAGGCGGCUCUUCAUCACAAUCACAGAAUGCACUUCGGCGGCAGUUGAGUGGUGCCAAUAAUCUGCAGACCCUGAUAGCCUCCAAUGGUGCCAGCACUGCACUCUGGGGUGCAACUGAUCAACCAGUGAGAAUGAAUACACUUGGAGAUGUCUCCUCUGGAUCAUCAGGAUACCAGUCAGGGACAAACAUGGCAGGUGCAGAGUUAUUGGAAGAACACUUUCGGGAAAUUCGUGUGAUGCGUCAGCGUCUAGAAGAAUCUAUCCACACAAAUGAUCAACUCAGGGAGCAGCUUGAAAUGCGCCUGGCUACUGCAGCCAAACAAAACACUGUUGCACCCACUAACAUCUAUAUCCAAGGACUAGAAAUAAUGACUCAGUUGUCGGAUGAAAACCGAACAUUGAGGGAUGAGAUCCAAACUCUCCAGGGCCGGCUUACUCAAGUUUCCAAAGAACAGGUUAAAGAAGUGGAACAAAUGAAGGGGACCCUUUUAACAACCAGGGCCAGAUACAAACUCCUGGAGACAGAGCUACAUCACUGGAAGGAAGAGAACAAGAGGUUGCAAACAGAAGUCAGGGUUAGCCAGCAGAAAGCACAACAACUGAGAGAGGAGCAACAAUACAGCCAAACCAAAAAUAAUAGGCUAUUACAGGAGAUGACCACGUUACAACAGCAACUCAAAGAAAGCCACCAGCUUACUCAUUCCCUGGAAUCAGAAAUUAAAGUGUAUGAGAGGAUGUAUGGAAGAAAGAGAAGUUUCUCUGUUUAUUCUGGAGGUGUUCAACAUCAUGCUGGUGGGCACCACGCCUUUGACAUCAGCGACUUCCUGAUGGAAAUCAGAAGCCUUCGGAUUCAGCUGGAGCACAGUAUUCACACCAAUGGCUGCCUGCAGAAGCAGCUGAAGGAACAGAUGGAUGAACAUCAACCAGCCAGUCUCAAUACCACUCAUUUGACCUCAUCAGCCAAUGAACAUAUGAUCAAUAAACAGCUAUUCCAGGAUUGUGUGCCCUCACCACCUGUUCGAGACACUGGUACGUUUUCGUCUUUUCAAAUGCACUCCAAGGCAGCUUCCUCUGUGGUAGAUUCUAAUGUGGAAGACACAUCACAGCAGAAUGAUGUUUAUCUCAGUGAUUCCUUGAGCCACAUCUCCUGUUCCCUAAUAGAUGACAAGCUUCCUCAUGGUUCCUUUGCCAAGAAAAAUGGAUCUCAUGUGAUUGGGCACAUUGAUGACUACAAUGCCCUCCAGCAACAGAUUAUGGAGGGCAGAAUGCUGGUUCAAAGGAUGGAGUCUAUUGUCCAAUCCUGUGUCAAUGCCGCCUUUUUGGAAAUUGAUGGAUUCAAGCAUUUGGAUCAUCAGACAGUCAAGCAGCUCUUCUCCAAUACCAAUACACUGCAUCAGAUCUUGAAUGAAACGUGUUCAUUGCUAAAAAUGUUUUGGAGAACUACUCUGCCAAAUCCAGACAGUGAUGUACAAAAUCAAAAGGAUCAGGAAGAGAUUUGCAGACUGAGGAAUAAAAUAACAGAGCAAGAAAAUCUAUUGCAGAAUGCAAUCAGUCGCCUAAAGGCUACUAACCAAGUGAAAGAAGGAAUGGAACAGUUCAUUGUCAGCCAACUUACAAGGACACAUGAUGUUUUGAAAAAAGCAAGAAGUAAUUUGGAGUCCGUUCAGAUGAAUGAUUGCACAAUUUCUGAUGCUAAAACCUCCCCAAAUGACAACAAAGCAGAAAUCUCAAAACUGGGUUACAUCCAUCCCAGAGGCUGGAACUUCAUGAAUCCAAUUUAUCCUGAAGCUAAAGCAAGAAGCGUGGAUCAAAAUUCACUGCCUGGAAAGAUUACAAGAAAUGGUCCAACCUGGCUCCAGUAGGAAUCAUUGCAAACUACUGAAGCAGUACUUUUCUUUCCACCUCAAGAACAAAACUAAACAAUGAUAUUUCAAUUUUGUUCUACAAAAAUAAUUUAGGACAACAUCUGAAAACAAAUUUCACCUUUUGUGUAUCCAGAGGAAACUCUUCUGCAUAACCCAAAUCUGAUGAUCCUAUAUAAAACAACGAAUGUUGACAGAUUUUUUGUUUUAUGUAUAAAUCUGAAGCAGGAAAUCUUAUUUAUUUUGGGUCAAACAUGUUUACCAAAAGAUGCUAAUGUUUAUGGCCCUAGCAAUUGUAUAGACUUGUUUAAGAUGUAUAUGAAAAAGUGCUCAGUGUGAGGGAUUGCAUGUUAUAUUUAAUCAUGCUGUCUCCACACCCAAAGAAGAAACUCUUUAAAUGUCAAGAGCUACAUUGAGUUGGUAUAUAAGAAUAUAAAUAUGUUUAUGACAAAGAAAAAUCAAACACCACUUCCAGAAAUGUUUUGAGUCCAAUGAUAGCUUUGGUGAACAGUGUCUUGCUAUUUGAAUUGUGCAAUUUAUAACAGAAAGAUGUAUCCUGGCCAUAACUGGAAAAAAUAGAGCCUUACAACAUUCAGGGCAGAUUAGAAUGUUCACAAAGCAAAGACAAAUAAUGGGUACGUGCAAUAAAUUUGCCAUUGAGGCCAAAGCUGUAACAUUAUUUUUGCUAAACACUGGAAAUAAGAUGAAAAUCAGACUUUUAAAUCUCAAAACACAUUGCCUAGCAUCGUGACAUUAUUUCAGAGUUUUAUUCAAAAUUGCAAUAUGGUGGGUGAGAGUACGGUACAGUAAGACAAUGCUGGUGACUCUGUAUUUACUAUUGUACACUUAUUAGAAAUAGUGGGUAAGUUUAGUAGCAUUAGCAUUGUUUUUUGUCUGAGCUGUGUAUAUAGCAUGAUGGCAAAUAUAUAGUGUAACUGUGAGUUGCAUUUUGUAUAAAAUUGUUGCUGCUGCCUGUUACAUAUACAUUUAGAGCAAGUACAUGCAAAUAAGAAUGUUGCCCAGUGAACUCAAGCAUUUUCCCUAUUAGCAUUCAUAAUUGAAAACUGUUCACUGAAUCAAGUUCUUAUAUUUAUCGUAAUUGUUUUAAUGAGAACUCAGAUUACAGUAUCUCCAUUAAUAUUAAUAAUUGAAAUUGUUCACUGAAUCAAGUUCUUAUAAUUGUCAUAACUGACUUCAUGAGAACUCAGAUUCAUAAUAUAUUACGAAAGCUUUGAGUGGCAUUUGCUUUUCAUUAGUUUUGCAAUGGUCAGUACACGAUAAAGAAACUUUAAAAAGCCAGGGAUUAAAAAAGUGAGAGUGACCUUUUAUUCACUAAUUUCACUUGGUAAAGGGUAAGAAUUCUUUUUAUGAUUUGAAAAGAAAGAUAAUUACUGAUCCCUGAUGUUUGGUACAAACCAGAGGAUUCCUGUGUUGAAGCAUGUUUGUAGCCUGCAAACAUUUAAUAUAAGAGGUUACUAAAAACCAUAUGAUACAGCAGGUACCUUUAUGGCAUUGUUGUACACUGUAUAAAGCGUAUAUACUGAUAAAUAUUUAGUGUUUGUCCUACAGGUGUACAUAUUCUUCCUAGUGUACAUAUAUAUAUAUAUAUAUAUUCCAUUCUAUGUUGGAUUAUUGCAUGCAUGUAUGGUUCAGUCCUGGGAAGUAAAGAUUACGAUUCUUGGAUUGUCUUAAAAAAGCUAUUCUGCAAAAACAUGGAGUUGUUUAACAUUUGAAAGAAGAGUUUGCUUUCUUUGUCCAAAAAAUAAAAGACAUGAGAUACUCAAUGCCUGUUUAAUUUC